AUGGGAGUAUUAUCAUUGUUUUGCUGUUCUGAUACAACAGAUGAUAAUGAAGAUAAAAUGCAGCAACAACAUCAAAAUCAACAACAACAACAAUCUAAAUCAUCAUCAACACAUCAAGAUAGACCUUCAUCAAGACAAGCACAAAAUAAUAAACAAAUACCAAAUGGUUCAAGUUCAAAAAAUCCAUCAUCAUCUUCAACAAAUUCAAAUAUAUCAACCACUAAAAAUAAUAACAAUAAUAACGUGAAUAAACAGAUUCAAACACAACCUUUAAACCCAAAUCCAGAUCAAAUACUUUCCUCAAAUGAAAUAAAUCAAUCUGAAAAUUUUAAAAGUCGGAAGAAUCAUAAUCAUACAAAGAAAGAUUUAGAUGAUGAUAAUUCUAUUAAUGAAACAGAUACAAUAACAAAUACAAAUGAAGAAUCAAAUAAUCAUACACCAAAAUCUUCACAGAACGUACCGUCUCAUGAAGUGAACAUUCACAACAGUAACAACACUAACAACAUCAGCCACAACAGUAACAACCCCACAAAUGUUGGAGAUAUAAUAGCACAAGCAAGUCCAAAUGAACAACCAUUACCAACACCAAAUCAACCACAACCACCGAUAGAAGAUAUAGAUACAGAUGUAGAUGAAUAUUAUGGUGAUAAUAAUAAUAAUGAAAACGAUGAUUUACACUCCAACACAUCAUCAUUAGAUUUAACAAGAUUACAAACAGGUCAAGCACAUGAUGAAGAAACAGGAUCAUUAUUAGGUUUUAAAUCUUCAAAAUUUUCAAAUAAAAAAUGUCUUAUAUUAGAUUUAGAUGAAACUUUAGUACAUUCAUCAUUUAAAUAUUUAAGAACAGCAGAUUUUGUAAUACCAGUUGAAAUAGAUAAUCAAAUUCAUCAUGUUUAUGUUAUAAAAAGACCAGGAGUUGAUGAAUUUUUACAAAAAGUUGGAAAAUUAUAUGAAGUUGUUGUAUUUACUGCUUCAGUUUCAAAAUAUGGAGAUCCAUUAUUAAAUAAAUUAGAUUUUAAUAAUUCUAUACAUCAUAGAUUAUUUAGAGAUUCUUGUUAUAAUUAUCAAGGAAAUUUUAUAAAAAAUUUAUCACAAAUUGGUAGACCUUUAAAAGAUAUUAUUAUUAUUGAUAAUUCACCUGCUUCUUAUUUAUUUCAUCCUCAACAUUCAAUACCAAUAAGUUCAUGGUUUAGUGAUACUCAUGAUAAUGAAUUAUUAGAUUUAUUACCAUUUUUAGAAGAUUUAGCUAAACCUGUUGUUGAUAAUGUUGCUUUAGUUUUAGAUAUAUCACUAUGA